UCCAGUUGCUCGUGAAUGGCUUUUCUUCAAAACGCCUCCAGCCAACUACACAUCAAUGGUAGUUGGGCUCCAACCAUCGAUGAGAUGGAAAGGUGAUCCUAGACGAAGCAUAAUUUUCGAGGGUAUGAUUCAUCCACCUGUUUUUGUCACGGUUCUGAGAAUUAUUGGUGGAGAUGAGACCAGUAGAAGAUGGAGGUUAUUUCUCUUCCAAUGUGGUGCACACUCGCUCUACUGCCUUUCUUCCAACACAGCGCCAGCUCCAGAACUUAAUAUCCUUACUCCAAAGAGCAACAAAAAGCGUCCAGGAGAUGACCAACAAAAUGAUCCUGAUGACCAACAAAAUCAUUCAAGGGUAACUAGGGAUUACUUCAAUGAUGCCAAGGAUGCUGGGAACAGCCUUGGCUUUGACCUUGACACCCACUUGGAAGGUGAGAACUUUCUCAAUACGAUGGUGGAGUACUUCAUCAAGUUGACUAAGAAGAAGCAGCGCAAAAAUAACAGCAAGGACAAGGAGGGUCUUGGUAAGCUCGGAAGGGAAUGUGAGAGCGCAAAGAAAGCACCUAGUAGCCAGCACCAAGUCCUUGUAGAGAUUGAGUCCCUAUGGUGAGAAGAGCAUCCAUGAUUCUGCUAUUGUGCAUAUAGAGGAGAUCAGUGAUGAAGGAGACAGCUGAAGUGUAACCGACAAAAAAAAAAGAAACUUAGACAAUUAGACUAAUUGACUUGGGCUUCGGUUUAUCACAAUAAA